AUGGAUAUUAAAGAAGAACUUGCUUUUUUUAAAGAAUAAGUAGCAUAGUUGAAGGUGGUUACUUAUGAAAAAGUAAAAGAAACACAAGAAAAAGAAAAGUAAUUAGAAGAAAAGAAGCAAGAAAUCAAGAAGCUCUAAAAAGAAUAGGAUGAUAUUUUGAUUUAACUAAGCACGAUUGAUUCUGAAAAAUAGGAAUUAGAAAAGGAACUUCAACAAUUAAAGGAAUAGCAAUAGCAGUCAUAGGGAAAUUCUUCAGAAUCUGAAGCUUUACAGCAAGAAUUAAACAAAUAGAAAGAUAAACACUCUGAGUUAGAGCUUGAAAUAAAUAAUUUGAAAGACACUAAUCAAAAACUAUAGGCUAAAAUAGAAGAAAUAUAAUCUCAUAAAUAUGAGGAAUAAAUAUAGCAAAAUGAAAAGAAAAUUGCAGAGCUCAAUAGUUAAAUUGAUAAGUAAGAUGAAGAAAAUAAAAGUUUGAAUGGCAAAUUACAAGAAUUAGAAAGCGAAAUAAAGUCUACUCAUUAAUAAAUUGCUUAAAAAGAAUAAGAUUUGCAAAAAUAAAAGGAGGAUAGUGAUAGUUUGUUGGAAAAAACCAAGUUAGAAUUAGAGGAAAAUAAAAAAUAGUUAGACAUAAAAAAUUAGGAAAUAAAUGAUGCUAACUAAAAAGUCAAUGACCUUGAAAAUAAACUUAAAGAUUCUGGGUCAACAAAUGAAGAAUUUUAAUUAAAAUAGAAAGAUUUAGAAGAUAAGAUAAGUCAAGCUGAUGAGACUAAAUAGGGUUUGUAAAAUAAAUUGUCAGAAUUAGAAAAAAAAUUAGAUCAGGCUUUAAAAGAAAAGGAAAAUGCAUAAAAAGAAUUAUAAGACUAACUUAAAAUGAAAGAGGAUGAAGUUGAAUAGUUAAAAAAAGAUUUAGACUAGCAAAAAUAAUAAUAAAUUUAGGAAGUUCAAAAUCUGAAGUAGGAUCAAAGUAAAGAAGUCCUUACUUUGUAAGAAAAAAUAGGAGUUCUAGAAAGCAAAGUUAGCGAAGAAACUGCUAGCAAAUAAAAACUUAUUGAAGAAGUUGAAUAAAAGGGGAAACAAGUAAGCUAGUUACAAGAUUAAAUUAAUUUGAUUAAAGAAUAAUCAAGUUCUGAUCAAGAUAAAUUGAUGGAACAAAAAAAUUAAGAGAUAAAAGAAUUGAAAGACCAAAUUGAAAAUAUAUAAUAAAAGAUAGAAGAAUAGACUAAUUCUUCUAAUUCUUUAAGCGAAGAGUUGAGUUAAGCUAAAGAGGAAUUAAAGAAAGCUCAAGAAUAAUUUUAGCUCUCUGAAAAAGAAAAACAGACUUUAAAAGAGUAAAUAAGUUAGUUAAAUUUAUAAAUUGAAGAAAAGUCAACUUAGAUUUAAGAAGUUCAAAAUGAGUUAAGUUAAAAAUUAAAUGAAAUAGCUUAAAAAGAUGAAAAAAUAAAGCAUUUGGAGUCAGAAAACACCAGCUCUUUAUCUCAAUCAGAAGAAUUAGGAAAAGAGUUCAAUGAAAUUAGAGAGCAAAUGAUUCAAAAAGAUUAAUAAAUUGAUAAUCUUAAUGUUAACAUACAAGCAAAAGAGAAAGAAUACAAUGAACAAUUAUAACUAAAAGAAAAAGAGUACUCCGAAAAAUUAGAUAAGAUAAAUGAAGAAAUAAAGAAUUUGAAUGAAGUUAUAUCUUAAUUAAAUGAAGAGAAUAAAAUAGCUAAAAUUUAGAUUGAAGAAUCCAAUAAAAGUAUUUAAAAGUACGAAAAUGAUAUUGAGGAGUUAAAAUAAAAUAUAGAAACUGAGAAGAAAUAAUCAGAAAAUUAAAUAACUGAGUUGCAAGAGAUUCAUAAGAAGUAAAUAGAAGAUAUAAAUAGUUAAAAUAUUGCAAAGAUUUAAGAAUUAGAAAACAAGAAUGUAAAUUAAGUUCAAGAAAUAAAUAAUUCUCAGGAUUAACUACACAAGCUGCAAGAAGAAAUAAAGAGUUUAAAUGAAUAAAUUGCAAAGUUAAAUGAUGAAAAUAAGAUUAUUAACAUUUAAUUAGAGGAAAGCACUAAGAGUAUUUAAAAGUAAAUUCAAGAUAUUAAGGAAUUAAGCGAAAAUUUAGAAACUUAAAAGUAAUCAGCUCAAGAGGAAAUAUAAAAACAAAAAAGUGAGUUGGAGGAACUUCAUAAAAAAUAAAUAGAAAGCAUUAAUAAUCAAAAUAAUACAAAGAUUUAAGAAUUAGAAAACAGCCAUUCUAAUAAAGUUGAAGAAUUAAACAAUUCCCACAAAAAAUUAAUUGAAGAACUUGAAGAUUCACACAAGAAAGUGACUGAAGAUAUAUAGCAUAAGAAUGCUCAUGAAUUAAAAAAAAUUCAAGAAAUUUUAAGUGAAACUUAAUAAAGAGAAAAGAGCCUCUAAGAAUAAAUAUCAUUACAUUCGAUGGGAGCAGAAUAAUAAGAAGUUGAGAGAUAGAAAAUUAUCAAGGAUUUAGAGAAUUAAAUUAAAGAGAAAGCAGAUUAAAUGAGAAAUUUAGAAGAUUAAAUUGAACUAUUGAAUGAUCAAAAUUCUAAAUAACAAGCAGAUAACGAAAAAUAGAACUUGUAAAUCUAAGAUUUAACAUAAAAGGAAGCUCAACAGUAAGAAACAAUAAAUAAAUUGAAAGCAGAUUUAGAAAAUGCAAAGUAAAUAGAAUUAAAUAUCAAUGAAUAAAAUGAAGCAUUCAAAAAAUAAUUAGAAGAAUCCAAAUAAAAUUUAAGCUAGCUUUAAAAGGAAUUAGAAGAAUCAUCAAAGAAUUUAUCAGAUUCAAAAGAAAACCAAAAUGAAGAAAUUCUUUCAUUGAAAAAACAAAUAGAAGAUCUCCUAAACUUAAAAACCGAACUUGAAACAUCGAAUAAUAAAAUAAAUACUCUAAACUAAGAAAUUGACGCUCUAAAAAAUGAAAAGUAACAAAAAGAAGAAGAAUAUUAAAAACAAAUUAACUCCCUCAAGGACCAAAGUAAAAAUAAUGAUAAUAAUAUUUAAUAAGAGACUGAAUUGCUUAAAUAAUAAAAUAAAAAACUAGAAGAGCAAUUGAAAGAAUUAAAAGAUUCGGAAUUACAAAUUUUGGAAGAAAUAUAAAACAAAGAAAAAGAGGUUGAUGAUUUUAAAUAAAUAAACGAAUAAUAGUUAAAUGAAAUCAACUAAUUAAAGGAUGAAUUAGCUAGUUAAAAAUAAAAAGAUAAUCAAUAAGAGUAAGAGACUUAAGGCGAAUCGCAAUUAGAUGAGUUAAAAGUUAAAUAUGAAUAAGUAGAAUUGGAUUUAAAAUCUAAGCUCGAGGAAAUUAAUUAACUUUAAAAAUAAAAUGAAAACUUGUAAAGAGAGAAAUUAGAUUUUGAAAAGGAGAUAGCAGAUAUGAAAAGCUAAUUAAAUUCUACAGCUUUCUCUUCUUCAAACAAUAUCAUCAAUCUUGAAAACUCAGCUAUGAAUGAUUCCACAACACCUAGAAAUAGUUCCCUUGUAUCAACACCUGUGAAUAAUGAAGAAAAAAAAGAUAAUGAAGACAAAAAAGAUGAAAAAGAUAAAAAAGAAGAAAAGGAUAAAAAAUCUAAAGAAGCCAAAUCAGAUAAGCAGCAGACUGUAAAAAUGACUCUGGAGGAAUUGAAAAAAUGGGACGAAUAGGUUAAAGAAUUAAAAAAGAAAAGAAAAGAGUUAGAAAAAGAAAACAAGCAACUUAAAUAAGAAUUAGAAGAGAAAUCUAAAUAGCCUGUCUAAAACAUAGAUUCUUUAAAGCAAAUAGAGAGCCAGAAGAGAUAACUUGAACAACAAUAUAUGAAUUUAAAAAUUGAGCUAGAAGAAAAGAAUAAGCUGUAAUAAUCUUAGUAAAUUAAGAAAAAUCUUAACUUAGAAUCUCUUGAAGAAAGAUGCAGAAUUCUUUAAGGUCUGCUUGAUGAAAACUCAGUCAAUCUUUAAAAAGCCGAUAGAGAGAGAGAGUACUGGAAAGAAAAAUACACUGGCUUAUAAGAAGAUUUUAAUGCAAAGGAAGAAGAGUUGAAGAUUUAAAGAGAAAGUGCUAGAGAAAAAUUCAACUUAGAAAUGACUUUAUAAAGCCAGAUAUAGCAAAAUAGCAGUUUAAAUAAAUAAAUUCAAGAAUAUGAAAGAAAUUUGUAAGCAUAUAAGCAGCUUAAUGCGGAUAAUGAAAAUUUAAAGAAGGAAUGUGCUAAGUUAAGAGAGCUCGUUGACAAGCUACAAGAAGAAUUAGAAAAUAAGGAGAGAAAUUAAGAGAAACUAAGUCAUAAACUUAAUGAGUUAAAUGAACUAAAUGAUGAGUACCAAAAAAAGAUUAAUUACUUGGAGAAAUAAAGUGAGAGAUUGCAAAAUCAAAAAUCUGAGUUAGAAUAAAACUUAUAAUCUAUUACAACAUAACUUGAAGACAGCUAAAAUAUAUAAAAAAUUAACUAAAAGAAGUACUAAAAUGAGGUUUUAGAAAUUAAACAAGUUAGAGAUGGUUUAGUGUAAUAAGUCAAGGAAUUGAAAACAAAAAAUGAAUCUCUAGAAAACGAUGUAAGGUCUUUGAGAGAAGCUAAUAAAAAGCAAUUCCAUUCAACUAUUAAUGUUAACCCAGAAACAGCCAAAAAAGAUAAAAUUAUUUUAGAAUCACUAUCUAUUCGCAACCAAGAGCUUGAAGUGCAAAGCAAGUAGCAAAAAGAUAAAAUAGAAUUCAUGGACAAAUAAAUAAAAGAAAUACACAAAGUUUUGGAGAGCAAAAUAGCAAUAAUUUAGAACCUCUCUAAAGAGCUUUUCCAUAAAAAUCCUACUUCAGAAGAUAUUAAAGAUAUCUAUGAACAAAAAGAAUUACAAGAAGUUAAAAAUUAUAAAUUGAUGAAUUAUAAAGAAAUACAAGAUUUAAUUGAGAAAAUGUCUAUAGAAAAUAUCAGAAUGCGUAAAAAUGUAUUGAUUUUGGGCUAAGAACUUAAAGAGGCAAUGGACUCAUAAAAAAAAUGA